UCGUGUUCUUUUCUUUACAACAAAAGUUGCACAAACGUGUGUUUUUCGCGUGCAUUUUUUUGUUAAAUAUCGUUUAGAAACGUUCUAUAAUUAACAAAUUCCCUUUAAAUAACAGUUAAUUGCAAAGAAAAUGUCAAAAAGACGCAUAGAAGUGGGCGAGACCUAUAAUACGAAGUCGAAAAAAGAAUUCGAUGUGUCUGCAACCUCAUUUAACAACACCGCUGCAGCAGCUCCUGUUGCUGGUGCGGUAGCUAGCGCCUCACGCCAGCCGGGUAAUGUAAAUCCCUACAAUUUGAAGCCCUUUACGCAGCGCUAUUUCAAUCUCUACAAGAAGCGCAUCACUCUACCAGUAUUUGAAUAUCAAGCAGAUUUUAUGCGCCUAUUGAAUGAACAUCAAUCUAUUGUUUUGGUCGGUGAAACCGGUUCCGGCAAAACCACACAAAUACCCCAAUGGUGUGUUGAAUUUGCUACGUCCAAAGGUAAAAAAGGUGUUGCAUGUACACAACCACGUCGUGUGGCCGCUAUGUCUGUUGCACAGCGUGUUUCAGAGGAAAUGGAUGUGAGCCUUGGUGAGGAGGUCGGCUACUCUAUACGUUUUGAAGACUGCUCAUCAGCAAAAACAGUGCUUAAGUAUAUGACGGACGGUAUGCUGUUGCGUGAAGCCAUGUCGGACCCUAUGUUGGAACAGUAUCAAGUUAUAUUACUUGAUGAGGCCCACGAACGUACUUUGGCCACAGAUAUUUUAAUGGGUGUUUUAAAAGAGGUCAUAAGGCAACGGAAUGAUCUAAAAUUAGUGGUGAUGUCAGCUACUUUAGAUGCAGGCAAAUUUCAACAAUAUUUCGAUAAUGCACCUUUGAUGAAUGUGCCGGGUCGUACACAUCCUGUCGAGAUUUUCUAUACACCUGAACCAGAACGUGACUACUUAGAAGCAGCCAUACGCACUGUUAUACAAAUUCACAUGUGCGAAGAUAUUGAAGGUGAUAUAUUGAUGUUUUUAACUGGUCAGGAAGAAAUCGAAGAGGCAUGCAAGCGUAUAAAACGUGAAACAGACAACUUGGGCUCCGAUAUAGGCGAACUGAAAUGUAUUCCCCUCUACUCCACUCUGCCCCCAAAUUUACAACAACGUAUUUUUGAGCCUGCACCACCGCGAAAUGCCAAUGGUGCAAUCGGGCGCAAAGUAGUCGUUUCUACCAAUAUUGCUGAAACUUCACUUACAAUUGAUGGUGUCGUUUUCGUGAUUGAUCCGGGCUUUGCAAAACAAAAAGUCUACAAUCCACGUAUACGAGUGGAGAGUUUGCUUAUUUCAGCAAUUUCAAAGGCUUCAGCACAACAACGCGCUGGUCGUGCUGGGCGUACACGCCCGGGCAAAUGUUUCCGCUUGUACACGGAGAAGGCGUAUAAAAACGAAAUGCAGGAUAAUACAUAUCCUGAAAUUUUGCGCUCAAAUUUGGGCACUGUGGUGUUGCAACUGAAGAAACUCGGUAUUGAUGAUUUGGUGCACUUUGAUUUCAUGGAUCCGCCUGCGCCAGAGACACUUAUGCGUGCACUGGAAUUGCUUAAUUACUUGGCUGCGCUGGAUGAUGAUGGCAAUCUUACCGACUUGGGUGCAGUUAUGUCUGAAUUCCCAUUGGAUCCGCAGUUGGCUAAAAUGUUGAUUGCCAGCUGUCAACAUAACUGCUCGAAUGAAAUACUUUCCAUAACGGCUAUGCUGUCGGUGCCACAAUGCUUUGUGCGCCCGAAUGAGGCUAAGAAGGCUGCAGAUGAGGCCAAGAUGCGCUUUGCACACAUCGACGGUGAUCACUUGACACUACUGAAUGUCUACCAUGCUUUCAAACAGAGUAGCGAAGACCCCAAUUGGUCUUAUGAGAAUUUCAUAAAUUUCCGUUCGUUGAAAUCAGCCGAUAAUGUGCGUCAACAGCUUGCGCGUAUAAUGGAUCGUUUCAAUUUGAAGCGCAGCAGCACCGAAUUCACAUCCAAAGAUUAUUAUGUCAAUAUACGUAAAGCGUUGGUGCAGGGCUUCUUCAUGCAAGUGGCGCAUUUAGAGCGCACCGGUCACUACUUGACCAUCAAGGACAAUCAAAACGUACAGUUACAUCCAUCCACUUGCCUGGACCACAAACCCGAUUGGGUCAUCUAUAACGAAUUUGUGUUGACUACGAAAAAUUAUAUACGCACAGUUACAGAUAUUAAACCGGAAUGGUUGCUCACUUUAGCGCCGCAAUACUACGAAAUGACAAACUUUCCACAAUGCGAAGCUAAAAGGCAACUAGAAAUGCUGCAGCAGCGUCUGGAGUCGAAGCAGUAUCAAAAAGGAUUUUAGUUUAAACGCUGAUAAAUUGCGUGUGUUUAUUCCAAAAGUUUUGCAUUCAUUUACGGUUUACUGAAUAUUAACAUCAAAUUGUUUGAAUACAAAUAGUUUAAAAAAUAAAAUUUGUAACUUCAAGAUAAUCAGCUGCUAACUAAGAAAAUCAGUCCAUACAGUACUGGUAAAGGUAUUUUAAAAAAGGCGUUUAAUGGUCGGGUGGAUGUGUCCAAAUUUGAAUACCAUGAAUAGAAAUAGUACGGAAUGUGUUUUAGAAUUGUUUUGAAGCAUGAGCUUACAUAUACGAGUAUAUAUAUAAAUAAAAUAAAUAAAAAAAAAAAAAUUAUACUUGCAGAACAUUGCUGCUAAAGCAAUUUUUGACAACUAUACUUAUAUAUACACCUACUAUUAUCUACUAUUGCCGAAAUUAUGGUUUAGCAAGUCAUUUGAUGCGUUUUAUUUAAAUGGAAUUCAUGAGAAAUUCUAAAAUAAAUGGAUAAGGAAAAUA